UGGUGGAGGCAGAUUAGCCACACUGAGUGAAUGGUGAGAGGAAAGUGAUGACGGCUUAUUGUCGAGGGUUUUUAAAAGAGGGCAAGAGAAUUGUUUCGUUGUUUUAAAGGGUGGCUGACCAAAGAACACAAAAGACGAAGCCAAAAAAAGAAAGGAAAAUGCUCUGCCACGUUACUCGUCCGGACUCGGUGGUGAUGGAAGUGGAAGUUGACGCGAAGGCGAACGGAGAAGACUGUCUUAACAAGGUUUGCAGAAAGUUGGGCAUCAUUGAAGUGGACUACUUCGGUCUGCAGUUCACGGGCGGCAAAGGAGAGAACUUGUGGCUGAAUCUGAGGAACCGCAUCUGCCAACAGAUGGAUAACGUGACGCCCUGUCGGCUGAGGCUGCGAGUCAAGUUCUUUGUGGAGCCCCAUCUCAUCUUGCAGGAGCAGACAAGACACUUGUUCUUCAUGCACGUGAAGGAGGACCUCCACAACGGGCACCUUCGCAUGUGCUCAGAGCAGGCGGAGGAGCUGAGCGCUCUGCUGGCGCAGGCCGAGUUUGGAGACUACAACCAGAACACGGCCCAGUACUGGUACUCAGAGCUGUGUGGAGAGGAGCCCAGCACCGCUACGAUGAACAGCAUCGUCUCCAGACACAAAGCUCUGGAGGGUUUCAGCCAGGCCUCGGUGGAGUACCAGGCCUUGCAGCUCAUCUCAGCCCUGGAGCAUUACGGCGUGGAGUGGCACUGGGCUCGUGACGCAAACGGUCAGCGGCUGGCCAUCGGCGUGGGGCCAGAAGGCAUCGCCAUCUGCAAGGAGGACUUCAGCCUAGUUAACAGAGUAAGCUACCCCAUCAUCCAGAUUGCCACUCAGUCGGGGAAAACCGUCUACCUGACUGUAACGAAGGACACGAAUGACAGCGUGGUUCUGUUGUUCAAGCUGAUCAGUAACCGGGCAGCGAGCGGUCUGUACCGAGCCAUCACAGAGACGCACGCCUUCUACAGGUGUGACACAGUCACCAACGCAGUGAUGAUGCAGUACAGCAGAGACUUUAAGGGUCACCUGGCUUCCCUAUUCCUCAACGAAAACAUCAACGUGGGCAAGAAGUACGUCUUCGACAUCAGACGAACCUCCAAGGAAGUGUACGACCACGCUCGGCGUGCGCUGUACAACGCCGGCGUCGCCGACCUGGUGUCCCGCUCCGAGGGUGGGGAGGGCUCGUCUCCCUCUCACUCGCCGACCAGGGACGGCCAGCAGGACAAGGGGCUGGACUGCAGCAGCUGCCAGCAGAGCCGGGCCCUGCAGGAGCGGCUGCAGAAACUCAAAGAAGCUCUGCUGUGCAUGUUGUGCUGCGAGGAGGAGAUCGACGCCGCCUUCUGCCCCUGCGGCCACAUGGUGUGCUGCCAGAACUGUGCGAAUCAGCUGCAGCUGUGUCCUGUGUGUCGGUCGGAGGUGGAGCACGUGCAGCACGUCUACCUGCCCACCUGCACCAGCCUCCUCAGCCUGACGCUGAACGACAACCACCAGCACCGCAGCAGCAGCAUCCCCGCUCCCAUCCACAGGGACACGGACUCUCCUCACAGCUGCUGCUCCACCACAGAGUACAAACACAAGCUCUGCCAUGCGUGAAGACUUUAUGAAGCCGCCAAAACUCCUUUACGAACACUUGAAAAAAAAACCACCAGCAGAGUUUCACAAAGAAGAAACAUCCCUUAUGAUUGAUACUCCACACCUUUGGAUUGCUCUGAGUUUUCUUUUUGUCACUCUGUCAAAUACCAUAGUUUUCUUUUUGUUUUUUUUUGUUUUUUAGAUUUUGCUCUUAUUGUUAAAUUAUGGGAUCAGUUGAUCUGAUGCUGAAUUAUCUCUGAAUUUGUACAUUUUUGUCGGUCGCUUGCCAUUGCAUUUCUUUGCUCACAGCUCCAGAAGGCAGUGAUUGUGUAGAGGAGCUAACUGUGGUGGAAUUUAUUAAGUUAUAUUUUUAUGUUUGACAUUUUAAAACUCCUGUUUUACUUUGAGUACUAGGGUCUAGGAGAGUAUUUCACUUUUGUCUCUUUUCUCAUGCCAAUCAGAGGAGUAUUUGGAGACUAAGCAGUCCUGCUGCCAAAUAUAGCUCUGGAUGCUAAUUGGAUAAACGAGGCACUAAGACUCUCGUCCUUGCUGGCCAACACUCCCUAAACCAUUUAACUCCAAAAACUGUUCUUGAUUAUAGAGUAAAACAUUAAAAGUGGUUCUUAAAGAAUCUAAAGUUGGCACAAAGCAGGAGCUGCUUCCUCUAAAUGGCCUUGACUAUAAAUUUCUUCUCUGGGUUUUAUUAGUUUGUUCUCUUGGACAUUUUUUUUAAGGGUACAAGGAGAUAUUUAUGUGCAAUACUUGCUUGCUUUUUUUUUUGCCAAGCUUUUCACCCUCACGUUUUAUUUAAAUUCAAAGGAUAUUUAAUUCUAAAAAGGACUUUGACACUUUAGUAAUGUUUUUUUCAUGUCUGUGGGGAGGUUUGGCUCUGAUGUAGCAGCAAGCUUUUUUUAUUUUAUUUUUUUUAUACAAGCUUUCCUCGGAUGUUUUUGUAUUUCUUGAAAAGACAAACUUUGCUUCUUUAAUGCUGACAAGGUUGAGGAAGGACUGUAAUUCUACCAUUAAGUAGUGAUUUGUUUCUGUUUUCUGAAGCAAUUACCACAGAUAUCUGUAAAUUAACUCAAGUGAAAGGCUUUUUGUACACACAUUGCUUUUAACAGUUGAGAAAGUAUUAAAGUUUUGUUUUAUAAAUACA